CUGCUAAUGAUCGCCCCACCUCUGAUUUCGGCCGCAGAAUAGAUGUACUAGUUCAUAAUUCUUGCUACGGUAUUCGCAAUGAAUACUUCUGUAUUGAAUUUAAGAGACAAGACGCUAAGACGAGACUCUUAACAUGUCAACAAUCGAAAUUUAUCCGUAUCAAUGGCGCCGUUUUAAGUGAUAUGAUAGCCAAAACAAAUGUAGAUGAUAUUUAAUCGAUUUAUAUGGAUUUUUGGGGUAACGAUGGAUAUAUCGCUGGCAUGAAACUCUUUGAGAAUGUACACCUUGUUGAUAAAAUCAGCUCUAUCCAUUUGCCUGUCCACCUCAUUGAGCUCGAAGAUUUCCGCUCUACCAUUAAAUACUUGCAUCAAUGGCGUCAACGUAUAUUACAUCAAUGUCAAAAGCUAGCCCUUGGCGUCUUCAAAGAGAAGCGUGAGUACGAAACAGUUGAGAUCAGCCGCCCAUCCACUCCUGUAUGCCUCAGCCCUGAAAGAGUACCCGUAAGUGAGCCAUUAAAUAUGUAUUACUCACCCAGUAAAAACAAAAAAGCUAAAGGAGAUUAAUAGUCGAUAAUCCUGUCCCAUGUGCUGUACCAGUCCUUUUACCUUUAUCUAAUACCACAAAUAUUCAUAUACAUUCAAUGUUACA